AUGUAUACAAUAGAGGGACAAUGGGGAGAGGAGACAGUACAGCAGCAAUUAAUAACAAUAGCUAAAGAUUUUAUGGGGUAUAAUCAUAGAAAAAAUACAACAGCAACAGCAACAGCAACAGCAACAGCAACAGCAGCAGCUGCUGCUCCUGCUGCUGCAGCAGGAGAUGGUGCAGGAUCUCGUUCCCCUUCUCCUGGUAAUGCUGAUGAUCAUGAUGAUGUACAUAACGGAGAUGAUGAGGAAGCUCAUGGAUUCAAUCAUGAUGCAAGGGGUGUCUCUGAUAGUUGGCGAGGAGACAAACAUGCAUUAAAGGAUAAUCUAGGCACACAUACAGCUCCUCCAUCACGUAAGCAGCAGCAGCAGCAACAGCAACAGCAGCAGCAGCAGCAGCAACAACAGCAACAGCAACUGCUGCUGCUGGUGUAUUAG